AUGCUAACGCCCGCACUGUUGUUUGGUGAAAAAUACGGUGUUGAACAUGUUGAUCAUGAUGUCAAUAUUACCUCUGUUGUAAUAGUUGUAUCGUCUUUAAACGCCCUUAUUACAAAUCAAGUCAAUCGUUUGAAGUUACACGGGAUUGAAGCGGCUGUGCUUGAUUUAAAGAGUUCGGUGGCAGUCAAUGCUCUCGGCGGUGAUUCUGGAGCUUCGAGCGAAGAUCUAUCGGAGGACGAAGACAAAAAUACUGAUAUCGAUGCUGUUUGCGAUCUUCUGUUCAGUGACCGGAAAAAAUUGGAAAAGGGACAAUAUAAUAUCGUGUUUGCUCAUCCUGAAGUUCUGGUAUCGAGUAAAUAUGGCCGAAAAUUAAUGCAGUCGAAAACUUAUCAAGAAAAUGUUUGUGCUGUUGUAAUUGACGAAGCUCAUUGUAUUUUAGAAUGGGGGAAAGACUUUCGAGUUGACUAUGGGAAGUUGGCUGUUGUUUCAGCCAUAUUUUCAAGUUCACCUGUUAUUGCAAUGACAGCCACUGCAAACAAAAAUGACAGGGAGGCGAUCAAGAGUUCAUUGGGCUUGAAAAAGUGUGUCGAGAUUGUUGGUAAUCCUGAUCGCCGAAACAUUACAUAUUACAAAGAAGAACGAUCUGGCAAAGACAUUGACUUUCUUAUCAAAAUACUUACACCAAUGGCAAAUAACUUACUUGAAGAGAAGAUCAACUUUCCUUUGAUAAUAGUGUAUAUGCCAUUGAAGUGGUGUGGGUUUGCCUAUACACUUUUUGAAUCCACAUUGGGACAAGGCCAAUAUUAUCCUGAAGGGUCUAUGCAAUCCCACAGAAUAGAUUAUUUGGUCAAUUCCAUUCCCUGCAAACAAAAGCUAUGAAGGAUGAAAUACUGAAGCAGCUAUGCUCUGAGCAGAGUGUCACACGAAUCAUUUUUGCCACUGUUGCUUUGGGAAUGGGUGUUGAUAUAAAGAGUGUAAGACAUGUCAUUCAUGUUACUCCUCCUUAUACCAUUCAGGCCUAUUUUCAAGAAACUGGCCGUGCAGGACGAGAUGGGAAACCAGCUUCUGUCUUCCUGUAUUAUUCCAAUCGAGAUAUUAGGAGAAAUAAAAGUGGAAUGCAAGAUGACAUCAGAACAUUUUGCAAAUUGAAUGAUCAAUGUCU